AUGCCUUUCUUCGCUGAUGCUGAUUUUGGCGUUGAGGGCGCUCCCGCCGACGCUCCUGGGCCCAGCGAUACCCAGGCUGUUGGCUCCCCACGCGACCAGACGGCAGGCCUCCCGAUUCCUUCGGAAAGUGCCCAGAGUCAUACUAUUGAGAUUCCUGCCACCCGCAGUGCUAUUAGCGAUGUUCACAUGCAGCGUCUGAGUCUAUCGCCAUCCAUGAGAGACCGCCGCGGCUCUCGCAACUCGUUUGGCGUCUCACUGCCCAUCCCGCGAUCCCCUCGCAAAUCACGGUUGUCGACCGUAGAGCGACGCACCGACGAUGUGCGAGAUAUCCUAGCCACCGAGGUUCAAGAGAAAGCCAAAGAAAAGGUUGCUGCUGUGAAAAACAUGGCAUUUGCAUUCGACAUCGACGGUGUCUUGGCUCAUGGAAAUGAAGCUAUUGAAGAAGCGAAGACCGCACUGCGGAUGCUAAAUGGAGACAACGAGCUAGGCAUCCAAUUCACCUACAUUCUUCUCACCAACGGCGGUGGCAAGACCGAGGAGGCUCGAUGUGCGCAGCUUUCUGAAGUUCUAGGCCAUCCUAUCUCCACCGACCAAUUUAUUCAGUCUCACACUCCCAUGCAGGCUCUGGCGGAGUAUUACGAGAACGUUUUGGUCUGCGGUGGUGAGGGUUACAACAUUCGUCAGGUGGCAGAGAACUACGGCUUCAAGAACGUGGUUCACCCCAAGGAUAUUUUAGCGUGGGACCCCACCAUCUCGCCUUGUCGCAAGUUUAGCGAGGAAGAGCGUCUUCAGGCCAAACCUCGCGACUUUGCCAAUUUCAAGUUUGAUGCUAUUCUAUGCUUUGCCGAGUCACAUGAUCAGUCGACCGAGUUUCAGAUUAUUCUUGAUCUUUUGCUCAGUGCCAACGGCAGGCUCCUUACCCGCGCUAAAGACCCGGCCCAAAGGGAUGCAGUCGCCGGUCACAUUCCGAUUUAUUUCUCACAAGGCGACCUUCUUUGCCCGACUGAGCACAAGGGUCCUCCACGUCUCCACCUCGGCGCCUUCCGUGUCUCCUUGGAGGCACAGUACAAGGCGCUUACUGGCCUUGAUCUCGAGCGUAUUGUUUACGGAAAGCCCGAGCGUGCCACUUAUAUCUGUGCUGAUGAAGUGAUCAAGAGCUGGAUGGAAGAGAUUCAUGGAGAGAAGCGUCUGCCGAAGAACAUCUACAUGAUUGGUGACAACCCGCAGUCCGAUAUCAUCGGUGGAAAUCUUUACGGCUGGAACACUUGCCUUGUUCGAACAGGUGUCUUCCAAGGCAAAGGAAAUGAUCCCAACAACCCCGCCAACUUUGGUGUCUUCGAUCAUGUUUUGGAUGCGGUCCAAGCUGCUGUUCGCAAGGAACUUGGAGAGGACUUCAAAUUCAAAUGGGACCCGCAAAACCCCCCAUCCCAUGGUGAUGUGUCCUCUGCUAUUGAAUGA